AUGAAAGAUAUUCAGAUAGGUAAAAAUCAUACAAAUACAACGGAUAUAUCCUCAAAGGAUAAUCUAAUUAUAAUUUUUCCUUAUAUCAUUAAAAUUUUAUCUCGAUAUUUAUUACCAUUUAUUUUAUUAUUUGGUAAUAUCAGUUGUCUAUUAUCACUUAUAGUUUUUCUUCAAAAAUCUAUGCGUAAAAAUCCAAGUGGUCUCUAUUUUUUAUCAUCAACAUUAUGUAAUAUAAUAUUUAUUAAUACAAUGAUAGUUGCAACAAUUCUUUAUUUUGGUUUUAAUAUUGAUCCAAGUGGAAAUAUUUUAAUUAUUUGUCGAAUUCAAUUUUAUAUUGGAUUUGUAACUACUAUACUUAGUUCUACUUUUCUUGUUUUAGCUUCAAUAGAUCGUUAUAUAAUAAGUUCAACAAAUUAUAAUAAUCAUCGAUUUAGUACUCAUUCAAUGGCAAUAAAAUUUAUAUUUAGUAUAACAAUAUUUUGGUGUAUUAUGCAUAUUCAUGCAUUUUUUUUUAUUAUUAAACCAAAAGAUAAUAAUAAAAUGUUUUAUUGUACAUUGAAAACUGGUACAUAUACACUUAUAAUAAUUUUCUAUGAAUUUAUUAUUCAAGAUCUUCUAACACCUAUAUUGAUGAUUUUAUUUAGUUUACGUACAAUUAUAAACGUACGCCAUGUUAUGGUAAAUUCAAUGAGUAGAUUACAGUCUGUUGAUCGUCAAUUGCUUAUUAUUAUGUUAUCACAAUGUUUUGUUUAUUUAAGUUUUCGUUUACCAUUACUUAUUUAUUUUGUUUCUGAUUAUAUUAUAAAAAAUUCAAGAAAAUAUAUUCGAUAUUGGACAGUCAAUAUGAUCAUCUUUUAUUUAUCAUUAUUAUCUUUUUUUAUUCCAUAUUGUGUUUUUUUCUUUAUUAAUUUAAUAUCACAUAGUUUUCGUGUUGAAUUUAAACGUUUAAUAAAACAUCUUAUUCGACGUUAUUUUAAAAAAUUACGAAAAUCAAAAAAACAUCGACAUAAUCAAGUAUAUCCAAUGGAAAUUAUUCAAAGACCAGCACCUAUUGAAAUGACUUUACGAUAA